UCUCCCUGUUCCCACUUCGUCAGUCUGCACGCCUCAAGGGGAGAGCCAGGCUGAAAAAUCGUCAUCAAAGAAGCAUCGGACCAAGUUCCUUUCCCAGUUUCUCCAGUGCAGUUUCGUCAGUCGGCUGAAAACAUUAGAAACUCGUCAAUAAGCUAUCCCCUGUGAUAUAAAACAGAAAAUCAAAUCAACAAUAACAAAAAAAAUAAACACAUUUAUUGUUUACCUACUUCCAAAAGCUUCUGUCAAAUUUCCAGUUUGCUUACAGCCUGUGUAUUGUGUCUGUGUGUCUGUGUUUAUUAUUCAUCAGCAUCUCUUCGGGAUCAGUACGUGUCAGCCUGUUGAGCCCGCCGAGUCUUUGACUAACUCUUUGUUCGUCCGUGAUUCUCUUUGGGAGUACGCCAGCAACGAAAAAUGAGAGAGUUUAAAGUAGUAGUCCUGGGAUCUGGAGGUGUGGGUAAGUCUGCCCUCACUGUCCAAUUUGUGACGGGCUGCUUCAUGGAGAAGUAUGACCCAACCAUUGAGGAUUUCUAUCGCAAAGAGAUAGAAGUCGAUGGGUCACCCUCAGUCUUGGAGAUUCUUGAUACCGCUGGUACUGAGCAGUUUGCUUCCAUGAGAGAUCUCUACAUUAGGAAUGGACAGGGGUUUGUUAUCGUCUACUCAAUAACCAACCAUCAGACCUUUCAAGACAUCAAGACUAUGCGAGAACAAAUCACUCGUGUCAAGGGGACAGACCGUGUGCCUUUGUUGCUGGUGGGGAAUAAGGUGGACCUGGAGCAUCAACGAGAAGUGGCCACAAUGGAGGGCCUAGCCUUGGCUCAGGCCUGGAACUGCCCCUUCAUUGAAGCUUCAGCCAGGAACAAGAUGAAUGUGAAUGAAGUCUUUGCCGAAAUCGUUCGUGAAAUGAACUGCAAUCCCGCCAAAGAAAAGCGUCCCUACUGCUGCUGCAAUCUUCUUUGAGCGUAUAUCCCGG